AGUAAAAGAACCCGACCAGUGAGCCCACCCCUCCGAUCCCUCCAUCUCCACCGAACGGGGUCCCUGUUUCCCUGUUUUGCACAUCGAGAAAGCGCGAGAGAGAGAGGGAGAGGGAAAUGGACGCCAUGGCUUCUGGUUACGGAGGGACAACGACGACGACCAACAUUCAGAAUCCUCAUUACCCAUAUCUUCCCCAGCCACCAACUUCCUUACACCACCUUCACCACCAUCCCCAGCACCAUCACCUUCUCCUCCACCAACCACAACCGCAAGCGCAGCCACCACCGCCACCAGCGGCAGCAGCAAUGCCCGGCGUUCACGCGGCUUACCCGCCGUCUUUCCCACCCAUGCAGGGCUAUGCCGAUGAGCUCAGGACACUCUUCAUCGCCGGUCUACCGGGAGACGUCAAGCCACGUGAGAUCUUCAAUCUCUUCCGCGACCUCCAUGGCUUUCAAACCUAUCAAAUCAAGCAUUCGGGCCAAUCCUCUCAGGCCUUUGCAUUUGCUGUCUUCUCUGAUCAGCAGUCUGCCAUCUCAGCCAUGCACGCUCUUAAUGGCAUGGAGUUUGACCUUGAUAAGGGAUCAACUCUGCACAUUGAUCUGGCUAGAUCCAAUUCAAGAACCAAGCGCUUGAGGACUGAUAGUGGGGGUCCUCCUAUGGACAAGAGAGUAAAAGGAGCUGCCGCAAUCUCAAGAAGUUCUGAACCUGGCAUUGGCGGCAUUAAUGCUGGGUUGGACACAUCAGGUCACAACAUCAUGAAUGGUUAUCCUUCUGCACAGAGUAUGGGUGGAGAUAAUCAGUCUGCAGUUGGUCUAAAAUCAUCAAUACCAUCUGCGGUGCCUGACGCACCUGCUGAUAACCCCCCUUGCCCAACCCUCUUUGUUGCAAAUCUGGGGCCAGCUUGUACUGAAGAGGAGCUGACUCAAUUAUUUAUGAGGUUUCCAGGAUUUCUGAAGUUGAAGAUACAAAGAAAGAGUGGGCUCCCUGUUGCUUUUGUUGACUUUCAGGAUACUGCUUGUUCAAGUCAGGCUAUGAGCCUGCAGGGCACAGUCCUGUACUCUUCAGACGGUGAGGGCAUCCGAUUGGAAUAUGCGAAAAGCAGAAUGGGCCUGCCAAAAAGACAAAGGAUAUGAACUUUCACAUAUACCUUACCGUCAGCAAGUUAAUGUUUUAGUAGUUAUUAACAACACUUUUCUGUUGUAUACUUGCAUGAGAUUGUCUAUUGCAUCCUAAAAUCUUGGAUUGUCGUCAUCAGUUUUAUUCAUAAUUCCAUGUCUGGAGACUUUGGUUGUA